AUGAGUAGUGAAUUAACAUAUGAUGAAAUAGUUGAACAUAUUGUUCAAAAUAAAGAAAUUCCAAAUUCUAUACAAGUGCCGAAUAUCAUUUUAGAUGAUUCACAACGCAGUGAA